GAGGUACUCAAGAUGUAGUCAGUCCACAGUACCGACAAGAGAUCGCAAGCACUUGGAUCGAGCAACAUGUUUAAGCUGAUCGUUCUUCUCGCCACUGUCGCUUACGCAUCGGCCGACGGUCUAUACUCCGGAUAUGGAGGACUUUAUGGCUAUGGCGGUUAUGGCUAUGGUGGCUAUGGCUUGGGUCAUGGAGUGGCGGCGAUCGCACCAUACGUGCACGCUCCAGUUGCGACCAGCUACGCCAAUACGUACAAGGUCGCGGUAGCUCCACCUAUCACUAAGUACGUUGCACCUGCCAUCACAAAAGUGGCAUACGCCGCACCUUUCACAAAGGUAGGCUAUGCUCCAACUUAUUCUGCGCCAGCGAUAAGCUACGGCCAUUAUGGAUACACGAUUCCGCCAUCGGUCACCUACGUUCAGAGCGGUCUUGGAUAUGGUCAUGGUCUUGGAUAUGGUCUCGGUAACUAUGGCUACGGACUCGGCUAUGGUCACGGUUAUGGAUAUGGUGGAUACUACCACUGAGUGGGAUUAAACCAAAGUCUGUCAAAAAGGAAUAAAUGCCUUCUUCAACGACAAGUUUGAUUGUAAACGGCUGGAAACACAGCCUACCGUACUGCCACAAACAUUGUCAUCGGCUUUGUACUUGAUGUUCAUAAUAUAUAUUUUCAUACAUUAA